AAGCCCAUACCUCGUUAUGUCAAACCGAUGUUGACAUCUAAAUGUCAUUGUCAAAAUUUUUGAAGUUUCGACUACGACAAUUGACAAAUAAUAAUAAAGUAAUUUUCAUUUGAUUGUACUCUUUUUCUGAGGAAUAAUUUUUAUUAAUUGUAACCAUGGGCGGUCACGGCCAUGAACCUCCGUACAAAAUUCCGCCAUAUACACAAUUCCAGAUCAAUGGUAUCCCUCAGUUGGAAGAGCUUGAGAGAGCACUCGCAAAGAAGGGGCUUCGUGACCCAUGGAUUAGGAAUGAAGCAUGGAGGUACCACCCUGGAUUUGGUACAAGGUUGCAACGCGCCAAGAAUGUGUUUUUCCGUGGCUUUAGCAUUGGACUAGCGCUCACCGUGGUGGCGGUCGGCGCUGAGAAGCUCCUGGGUGGCGGUGGGGACCACGGGGACCACGGCCAUGAGGGUGGGCACUGAUUUAUGUCUAGGAUAGGAUAUCUUUAGUUCAUCAUAAUUUAUACACUUGCAUUAUGGCUUCUGUAUUUACAUAAAAUACUUGAUCCAAACUGUAUAUUUGAUUCAAUUACAUAAUUAUAUAGA